GACUUGAUCUCCGAAGAGAGUGUCACGCCGACCCUGAGCGAGGAGGCGCUGGAUCUGCAGAGGACUCCCUACGAGGAUGCUCUGGCGACGCUUCCUGCAUGGGAUUCUGCACGGUAUGAAAUGCUUCACGUGCUUCGAGCGGCCUCCAGGAGCUGGUUAAGCCAGAUUGAGAUCCACUUCGACAGCCUUGAGAAGAGGGCCGUCCCUGUAAAGCGCUUCACUCCGCAGUGGUUUCAAGCGCAGUCAACGACGAUCUCAACCCUCAAGGACAUCCUCGUGCUUGAGCGCUCGGGUGGAGUUGCACCUUCCUGCCCAAGCGAUUCAUGGUGCUCGGGUGCUUACCAGGAUGGCGCUAGUGGGGCGGUGCUCCUGGUCUGCGAUGAGGAGCUCGGGGAUUCGCUCUUCGACCGCUGUGUGGCGCUGCCUGUGCCGGGGAGCCCCCGCGAGGCCGAGGCACUGGCGAUCCUGAGGUCCCUGAUCCAGGCGACCGUGGACUUGGACUCCCUCGGCAUGGCGCACGGCCGCAUUCGGGCCGAGAACACGUGGCUCCAGCACCUUCCCAACGGGGACUGCAAGGUUUUGCUGUCUGACUUCGGGCAGUCGCGCAGCUUGGAGGACCAAGGCUGCGACGCCAUGUUCGUCGCUCCUGAGCUAGUCGAGGGGCAAAGCACGACACCCACGCACGCCGGGGAUCUCUUCUCCUGUGGCGUUUUGGGCUACGCUUUGGCCAUGGGCCGGUAUCCGUGGUUCAGCACUCGGCCGGGAAAGUGCAAGACCUUCUCCUUCGCCAAGAGCCAAGGGGUGCAGAGCUUGCUGAAAGACCGCCGCUGCCCCGCUUCCAAGGAGGGCCGAAUGUCGUCGGAGUACAAGGAGAUCUUGGGCUGCCUUCUCGAGUUGGAUCCCGGCAUCAGAGAGCAGAAGGCCUUGUCCAUGCGGGCGACUUUGCCGCAACCCGUGCAUCCGCCGCAUUCGGAGCCGGGCAGAGCCCAUCACAUCUAG